AUGGACAGAAAAGAUAAAACAGUGGUAAAGGCUCUUCAUCAGUCAAGGAAAAAGCGCUCAGGUUCUGUAGAUUAUUGUUCUUCUUCGGAUAGUGAUCCCAGCGAAGGGAGUGCUUCUGAAAGUCAUGUUAGUCAGAGCAAGCCAUCACCAAGAUUAGGGAUUGAACACUUUCAACAGAUCUUAAAGGGUUUGAAAACCUAUCUUUCAAAGAUCGCAAGAGAAAAGCGACGGAUGCAUCUAGCUAUGAGAAGGAGGCGGCAGUCCAGCCAUUUCCUUAUGCUUCAUUACAUGGUAGCGACCCAAAGGUUAAGCGCGAAGUCCAAUCGGAUACAACGAAAGAUUAAGGUUUUGAGAAAUAGGAGGAUAUCUGAAGGUUUGAAUAAUUUUCUCAGAUCAGGCCAAUACCACGAAUCAAUAAAGUUUCUUUCUCAGCUUGAAGAGUCAGAUGAUGUAUCUUGGAAUAUUGGCAUUGCUCCCUGUGCUUGUGAUGGUCAUUACAGAGAAGAUAAGGUGGUCUCGUGA